GUUAAACUCAUACCAAACUAUAAUACCAUAACUUUCGACAAUCACCGGAAAGAAAGCAAUUGUUCUAAAGACUGCACGUGUUUCUGAUGACAGGUGCUGCGCAGUGCCUCAUCAGUUGUGACUUUGAAGACGGUCUUUGCGGUUGGUCAGAUUUGUCCAACUCGAGCUAUGACUGGACGAGACACUCUGGUCCAACGGCAGAUUUCACAUCUGGACCUGGCAAUGACCAUACAUUCAAAGAUGUGGCUGGCCACUACGUGUAUACGAAUGGCGACAGAGCAGCCAGGUCUUCAGUGGCACAACUAAGAAGUAAUACAGUCACCCUUACAUCCAGUGUGAACUUAACCUUUUGGUACCACAUGAACGGUAACGGUAUAGGCAAUGUGUCAUUAAUCAGAGAGGACAACGAUACUGACGACGGCAUUGUUUUAUGGUCACGUCAUGGCCGCCAGGGUUUAAACUGGCUGGAGUCCCACGUCACUCUAGACCCAGGGACAUUUCAGUUGCAGUUUGAGUCGACUGUAUCCCACCCCUACGGCAGCGAUAUAGCGCUGGACGAUAUCAGGCUUUGGUCAGAACCACAUGUUACUAGGACAAGACCACCGCCAACGUCAACGAUAGAAACUACACUGACGUCAGCGCAGGGAACGUCCACGACGACGGCGUGGAACUGCAACGUACAGAGCCCUGCUGGGGUGCUGAUGUCGGGGUCGUGUGACUUCGAGACUAACGGGACAUGCGGCUAUACGUCCUCUGGGGGCCCGCUACAGUGGGGGCUAACACAGGGGAGGAAAGGUUACUUACAUGUAAUACCAGGCGACCAUGGCACCGGAACAGGUCAUUAUAUGUACCUUGCCACUGAAAACAUCUCAAGCAGAUCCGGGGAUAUGGCUAAGUUAACGUCGCCAGCCCUCGAGCUGAACACAUCUGCCUGUCUUCAGUUCGCCUAUAUUAUAACAUCCGGGGACCCCAUCACCCUCACCGUCUACGCAGAGACGUCAGGACAACAGCGUCUAGUAGCUUCGAUCACAACUCAUGGAAUGACGUCUUGGAGAGUGAGAGAAAAUGUCACUCUGUGUGCUGAUACAUCAACUAAGAUUGUCUUCGAGAGUACAAAGAAAAGCUAUGCAUCUUUCAUAGGUUUAGAUGACAUCAACGUUAUAAGUGGUGAUUGUAACGGCAGCUACAGCCAUACUACCAGUCACCAGUCAACACUCGUAACAUCCACACCUUCCUCAGACAGCACAUCGAGCUCUCCCACGUCCACUGCCCACACAAACUUUACUCCAACAGAGGGUGGUCAAACAGUUGUCCCCACUUCUAGCUCGGUGUCCUCAUCAACUGCCUCGACGAAGGGUCAAACAAGUGUCUCGCUAACAACUCCAUCUUCAUCUCCAUUGCGCCAGUCGUCUUCCACCAAACUGACAGGACACAGUUUUCCAUACACUGAAGAAACGUCCCCUGAGACAACCCACGCUUCUGCUCAACAAUCAGAAAGGUCUUCUUCACCAGCAAGCUAUUCAGUAUCAGUGGAAGUAGCAGGGUCAGUGUCAGACAGUUCCUCCCUAGCAAACCCCUCCACAGAAGGAAACUCUGCAACAACGGAGGAAACUGUUAUCUCUGACACCCAUACGACGUCGUGUCAAGAUAACAGCACUACUAUUCCUGAGGCGAAAUCAACAAUAACUGUACUAUCCGCUGCAUCUGAAACCUCCAACAACAAUAAAGGUUCUAGUGCUCAGACAUCUCCAUCAGUGACAUCCAGGACACGUCUCCCCAGAACGACUACUCCUUUUCUCAAAAAGCACGGGCAGUCGUCCCAAGGUGGACUAUCAUACGAUAACAAAGUUGUGGUCAUCGUUGUGGCAUGUGGUGCGCUCGUAAUCGCUGCUGUUAGCAUCACGGUGUGGAGACUGCGUGCAAGGCGAAAGUUGCAUCUUUCUGACAUUCCGAGUACUUUAGACAGCAACAUUGAGCUGCAAGCAAAGGUAUACAUACACAAUACACAUAUGUAGAACCAGUUGCUUCUUCUCUGAACGUGUUCUUGCUAAUGGAAGAUCACCCCUUCGGACUGCUUAUAGUCAAGAGGACUAUUGGUGAUUAAUGGAUAAAGACAUUUGUUUGUUGCCUUUUCACCAGUAUUUUGGUUGUAUCACAGCCACCUGUAAAUAGCCGAGUCGGGACCAGGCAAACCAGUGGUUAAUAGUAUGAGCAACGCCCCACGUUGCAGGUGUACACUGAGAGGAGCAGGCAGCCAAGUCACCGAGCUGGACCUCUAUUUGGUCGCCUCUUUCGGGAACUAUAUGUUACUGGGGACAUUUCUAACAUGGACCCCCAGGUUACCGGGGUUAGAUAUUCCCUGGGGUACUAAUAACCUCUAUGUGUGGGUGGUUCGCUUGGCACAGCUGCACCAUUGAAAGCUGUGUGCGAAAUAGUAACCAAAGUUUGCUAGCCAGUCGGGCUAGCUAUGCCUGAAAGUUACUAGCCCACAAAUAAUUCACUAGCCCGAAAUUUGAAAGUAGAAACUAAGUGAAAGAUUACACAAAUAGAUGAGAAUAAGAUAUUGUCGUCAUGACACGGGUUUCAUCAUUAAGCUGCCAAUAUGAUGAACAUGUUUAUCAGGCCAUAAUCCUGCAUGAUUUAAAAGUGUAUUAUGACUUAACAAGUCGGAGAGAGUGAUAUAUUUACAAAAUGACCCCAUGAAAAUCCACUAGCCAGUCGGGGCAGUGACUGUUGAGAUUUGAGACUGGAUGUUUUCUAGCCACGGGCUAUUUCGCACAAUGAUUGAAAGUAUUGUAAUUUAUAUUAUUUCAUGUCAGUUAAUCUCGACACAGCUGUUUUCUUUGUUUGCUGUGUGUUGUGUGAAGAUCAAUCAAAUAAAGAGCACCUUAAGAAUG